AGGCUCUCUGCCAAGAUGGCAUCAGCCGGAGACCCCCCAACAGGCCCGCGGGAUGCAGCCGACCAGAACUUCGACUACAUGUUCAAACUGCUGCUCAUUGGCAACAGCAGCGUGGGCAAGACGUCCUUCCUGUUCCGCUAUGCGGACGACUCCUUCACACCUGCCUUUGUCAGCACCGUGGGCAUCGACUUCAAGGUCAAGACGGUCUAUCGCCAUGACAAGAGGAUCAAGCUGCAGAUCUGGGACACGGCGGGCCAGGAGCGCUACCGCACGAUCACCACAGCCUACUACCGCGGAGCCAUGGGCUUCCUGCUCAUGUAUGACGUUGCGAACCAGGAGUCCUUCGCCGCCGUGCAGGACUGGGCCACACAGAUCAAGACCUACUCCUGGGACAAUGCUCAGGUGAUCCUUGUGGGGAACAAGUGUGACCUGGAAGAUGAGCGGGUCGUGCCUACUGAGGAUGGCCGGAGGCUCGCCGAUGACCUUGGUUUUGAGUUCUUUGAGGCCAGCGCCAAGGAGAACAUCAACGUGAAGCAGGUCUUUGAGCGCCUGGUGGACAUCAUCUGUGAGAAGAUGAAUGAGUCCCUAGAACCCAGCUCCAGCCCGGGGAGCAAUGGGAAAGGCCCGGCCUUGGGGGAUGCCCCACCCCCUGAGCCCAGCAGCUGCAGCUGCUAGAGAUGGUCCCCAACCCCUGCCCACCCCUUCCGGCCUUGGCAGGGACUGUGACAGAGGCAUGAGCCACAAGGGCUGUUUCCAAGCUCAGGGCGCCCCCUUCCCUCCCGUCAGCUGCCCCGGCUCCCGCAUGACCUCUGACUUGCCCGAGCAGCUUUAUCCCAAGCUCCAGACCCUGGGGAUUCUGCAUUGCGGGCAGAGUCUGGGUGCGUUGAUGUGCACGAGCUUGCUGCUUUUCAGGAAUUCUAAUGGAGGGAGCAUGGGCAGCAUGUCCCACCCCGUCUGGUGGAGGGGACUCCACAGU